CGGACAUUUGAAACGACUUCCACUUUCACGUUAUCAAAAAGCCAAGUAUUGGCCUUGCUUUUCUCAUUCUCGACUAUAAGCUUUUUAUCGUACUUUCAAAUGCACUCACAAUCUUUGAGCUUUGACUCUUCAAAUCCGUGGAAGACUGAUAAAGAGAAUAAAAUAGCCAAAGUAUAUCCAAAGCAGUUGAAUGAAGAACUUGUCGAUGAAGCGGCCGUGAAUGAUUUUCAAGCUCAAAAGGAACGUUUGUUUCCAGAAUACAAGGAUGCGCAUGUACGACGAGGUGAGGAUUUGUACCGAAGAUUUCGUAAGGAGCUGUUUCAGGAAGAAGAUGUGAAGAAUGACAAAAAAAUUCGUUUUCAACUGGACGGAAAAGAACUAGUAAGAGCAUUGGAAUAUUGGAAAUUGGAAGCAUAUGAAAAUUUCGUGCUUCUUAUGAAGAGACUUGGUUUUGUUGGAGUUAUUACUGUGUACUCUUUUUGGGGAAUGAUGGUGUCUGAUCGUUCUUCAAGACGUGUUUCAUUGCCAUCCAUUUAUGAUGCACAAGCAAUUGCUGCCUAUUUUCGACUUUAUCCUGAGAAAGUGUUUUUCCGUCUGGUUUCCAUUGCUUGUGAACUUGCGCAGUUCUCAACUGGCCUCUUAGUGGAUUUGACUUCAUAUCGUCUGUUUGGUCCGAACGAGGAGAAGAUGUCUUCUUUAGCUAAGGACGGUCACGACCUCUUGACAGUUCGAAAGAGUGAACCGUUGCAAAAUGAACAAGUCACAUAUGAGACAUAUUCUGUGCCCUCUUUUUGGAAGGACAACUUUUUCCAUAUCUUUCAUUUCUUCCGCAAGUCGCCUUGGCCUAGAAACGGAUUUCCUAUUCUUCAAAGGCAGCAUUUUGGAGGAAAGAGUCCGAUUGCUCUUUUCGAGGAGCAGAUGAAAGAGCGAAUGAAAAGAAAAUACGAAUUUUGGGAAUGGAAAUGGCAGCGAAGGGCUUCAAAAUUGAGAGAAAUGCUAACUCGACUGGGACCUGCGUUUAUUAAAUUCGGGCAAACUUUAGCAUCCAGACCGGAUAUUGUUGGUCAUUACGGAGUUGUAGAACUUCAGAAGCUCCAGGAUAGUUUACCUUUUUUUUCGACAGAAAGAGCAUUUGAGUUUAUCACUGAAGAACUUGGAGCAACGCCUGACCAAAUAUUUGACUUUAUCUCUAAAGAACCUGCAGCAGCAGCAAGUUUGGGUCAAGUUUACAAAGCUCGUCUAGAUAACGUCGAUGUAGCCGUAAAGGUUCAAAGACCAGAUAUUGCAGAGUCGAUUGCACUGGACUCUUACAUUUUACGGGGUUUGGCAUUUACUCUUACUAAACUAUUAAAAUCUAAAACGGAUUUCGUCAUGGCGGUGGACGAAUUCGGAACUCGACUCUAUGAAGAAAUUGAUUAUAAAGGAGAAAGUUCGAAUAUGAUUCGUUUUCAGAAACUUUAUGGCGAUAUUCCUGGAAUUUAUAUCCCAUCCGUAUUUCAAGAAUACUCUACCCGACGAAUUCUUGUCAUGGAAUGGAUAGAUGGUCAAAAAAUUGUAAAUGAAGGGAAUUUUAUUCGGAAAGAAGAUGCAGCACUGGUUGAAAUUGGCAUUCAGUUUUCUUUAAAACAGUUGUUAGAAACAGGGUUUCUUCAUGCGGAUCCUCAUGGAGGCAAUCUUGUUCGCAUGAAGGACGGACGUUUAGCGUAUUUAGAUUUUGGAUUGGUUUCACAUGUUCCUGAGGCAAUGAUGUAUUCUAUGAUAUGUACAUUCUUUCAUUUGAUGAUUGGAGACUAUCCAUCUCUUGCUGAAGACUUUGCAAGCCUUGCUCUCAUUCAGUCAAACGACUUGGACAACCAUAUUCCCGAAUUAAUUUUGGCUCUACAAGAAACCUUCUCGCAAGAACCAUUUUCAUUUCAUGGUUUACCAGAAAAACUUGUUUUACUUGCAAGCCGGUUUCCUUUCGUGAUUCCUCCAUACUUUUUGAACAACUUGAGAGCUCUCUCUACUUUAGAGUCGCUAGCAAGAACUGCCGAUACAUCAUUUGAUGUGAAAGACGUGGUUUAUCCUUAUGUUGUUUCAAGAAUGCUAUAUGACCCUGCACCUCAGCUUCAACAUGCAUUGGAAAACUAUAUUAUUGAUAGAGAAAGUGGCUCCCCUUGUUGGGACCGAAUUGACAAUAUAUUGCACGAUGCUGUUGUUGCCUCAAUACAUUCCCAGUCACAUAUCGUUCGUUCAUACCUUCGAACUUCCUCUCUAUCGGGUUCUGGUUCCUAUCUUGGAAAUAUGUUUUCGAGCAACGAAGAAGAGUUAACUGCAUAUCUCUUAAUAAGUUUCCUAAUAUCACCUGGAGGUAGUUUCUUGCGAGAAUUGUUAGUUAUUCAAUUUGCCCGUAAUAUUUGUCGAUAUUUGUUUUAUGUUUUGGAUAGAUUAGAAUUUGUAUUAUUGCCUGACAACUUGCGACCUCCUCCUGCAGCGUCUCUGUUAUCGAUUUCUACAUCUUCAUGCAAUUCGAUGGAAAAACGAAAGGAUAUAAAGGAGGCGACCCAGCGCAAUAGACAAGUUGUAAUGAAAUUGUUCAAGAGAUUGAAUGGAUAUCAUUGGAAGACGUCUUUGUUCAUGGUGGUUAUAAUUCUAAGAAGCAUAUUGAGAAUAACCUUUACUGUGGUGUCUUUUUGUCUUUGGCGAGUAUUCCGUGACGUGAGAAUAGUAGUGAAAAGGAUUUUUGGGGGGAAUCUGAAGUCGUCUUGGGGAGAAUAGCAAUUGGAAAUAAAUUGUAGUUUCAAUCC